AUGACGAUGAUUACUGAUCUUUCACUGGAUUUGAUAGAGGAGAUACUCUCUAAGGUCUCGAUAAAAUCUCUCAAAGCAGUAAAAUCCACUUGCAAAGAAUGGAACACUCUAUCCAAAGAUGAGAGCUUUCGAAAGAAACACUCAACCAAAGAGUUUCCCAUGUUCUUGAAUUUUGAUGGUUAUCGUUUUAGGAAAAGAUUCAGUCUCCACAGAAUUCAUAACAUCAAAGACUUGACAUGUAUAAAGGAGAUAGCUAAACUACAUAUUCCUCUCGAUUUACUGAUAGUCAAUCAGUGCGACGGCUUAUUGUUAUGCUCGGCUAAGGGUGAGGAUGACAGUCUAGUGGUAUGGAACCCGUAUUUGGCUCAAACCAGAUGGAUUGAACUCAGAAAUAGUAGGAUCGAAACAAAUCAUCAGUAUGCUAUCGGAUACGACAAUAGCAAGAACCAUAAAGUCUUGAUGCUUUUUGAUAAUCAUUUAAAGCAUGAAAUCUAUUAUUUUAAGUCGAGUUCAUGGAGGGUACUUGAUAUAAACAAUCAUACCAAUCCUAAACGGAGACGGAAGAGAGGUGUGUCAUUGAAGGGAAAUAGUUACUUUGUUGUUGAUGGGAAACUAUUAGGUUUCGUUUUUACUAGAGAGAAAUUUGGACCGUGUAUGGAUCUACCAUUUGACAGUAGUGAUAAAUUUGGGGAUGAUGGGAUUCGAUGUUCUUGUGUAAGAGGAGAGCAGCUUGCGGUGCUAUUUCAAAAGUACCUAUAUGAAUUUGUGAUAUGGAUUACAACUAAGAUUGAGCCAGAUGCUGUGUCGUGGAGCAGUUUCCUUAAAGUUGAUAUGAAACCUUUCGUUGGUGCGGACCAUUGGUUGGAAGUUGAGAGUUUCUUCAUUGAAAAGGAGAAGAAAGUAGCAGUGGUUUGGGGUGAUUACGACUACAAAGAUAAAUGUUAUGUGGUAGGAGAGGAUGGAUGCUACCAGAAAAAAACGUAUAUGAAAGAUAUUGUGGUCUUUUAUGCUCCAAGUUUGGUGCAGAUCCAAUAA